GUGUCCUUGAAGUGAGCAGCGAAUGAUGUUCUGCUGCGAGCAGCGGCGGCGGCACGUGGCACAGUAACAGAAUCAGUUCUGUCCGAAGAACUCGAGAGUUGGUUCUUGCCUGACGAGUUUGUAUUACAGUAACAUCACAUUCCGAGACUGUCUGGGUACAUGAGCACGAUGAUGAAAUACAUCCUGGUAACUGGAGGAGUGAUUUCAGGCAUCGGGAAAGGGAUCAUUGCGAGCAGCGUGGGCACGAUCCUUAAGUCAUGCGGCUUGCAUGUAACUGCCAUCAAGAUCGACCCUUAUAUCAACAUAGAUGCAGGCACAUUUUCACCCUACGAGCACGGAGAGGUGUUUGUGCUGGAUGACGGCGGUGAGGUGGACUUGGAUCUAGGAAAUUAUGAACGUUUCCUAGACAUUAGGUUAACCAGAGACAACAACCUGACAACCGGCAAGAUCUACCAGUCAGUCAUCAACAAGGAGAGGAUGGGCGACUAUCUGGGCAAGACUGUGCAGGUGGUCCCACACAUUACAGAUGCCAUUCAGGAAUGGGUUAUGAAACAGGCCAAAGUACCUGUUGAUGACGACGAUGUUGAACCUCAAGUUUGUGUAAUAGAGUUAGGAGGUACGGUGGGAGAUAUCGAGAGCAUGCCUUUUGUUGAGGCCUUCAGGCAGUUCCAGUUUAAGGUGAAGAAAGAGAACUUCUGUAACAUUCACGUCAGUUUAAUUCCUCAGCCCAGUGCAACAGGAGAACAAAAGACAAAACCAACACAGAACAGUGUCCGAGAGCUGAGAGGACUGGGUCUGUCCCCUGAUCUGAUCAUGUGUCGCUGUGCAGCUGCCCUCGAGAACUCCGUCAAAGAAAAGAUAUCGAUGUUCUGCCAUGUAGAGCCUCAACAGGUCAUCUGUGUGCACGAUGUGUCAUCCAUCUAUAGAGUUCCACUCCUGCUGGAGGAUCAGGGCGUGGUGGGCUACCUCAGUCGACGGCUCAACAUGCCCAUUGAGACUCGACCCAGGAGGAUGCUGGCAAAAUGGAAAGAGAUGUCUGACAGGUCGGACAGGCUGCUGGAACAGUGCUCCAUAGCCUUGGUUGGCAAGUACACCAAGUUUUCUGACUCAUACGCCUCCGUUAUUAAGGCUCUGGAGCACUCAGCCCUGGCUAUUAGUCACAGACUGGAGGUCAAGUACAUAGACUCUGCAAAUUUGGAGCCGAGCACUCUGCAGGAGGAGCCAGUGAAGUACCACGAGGCGUGGCAGAAGCUCUGCAGCUCUGAUGGCAUCCUGGUUCCAGGAGGUUUUGGUGUCCGAGGCACUGAAGGAAAGAUUCAUGCCAUCAGCUGGGCCAGAAAACAGAAGAAACCCUUUCUAGGCGUGUGUCUUGGAAUGCAGUUGGCUGUCUGUGAAUUUGCCAGAAAUGUACUUGGCUGGGAAGAUGCCAAUUCUACUGAAUUUGACCCAGAAUCCAAAUAUCCUGUGGUGAUUGAUAUGCCAGAACACAACCCCGGCCAAAUGGGCGGGACCAUGAGACUGGGGAAGAGGCGGACUGUUUUCACCAACAGCAGCAAUGUACUGCGUCGACUUUAUGGAGAUGCAGAUCACGUGGAUGAACGGCACAGACAUCGUUUUGAAGUCAAUCCAGAGCUCAGGUGUUACUUUGAAGACAAAGGCUUCCAUUUUGUAGGUCAAGAUGUUGAAGGUGAAAGAAUGGAGGUGGUGGAGCUGGACGAUCAUCCAUAUUUUGUUGGGGUGCAGUACCAUCCUGAGUUCACGUCUCGCCCCAUCAAGCCGUCGCCCCCUUACCUCGGUUUGCUGUUAGCUGCUGCAGGAAAACUGCAGAGCUACUUGCAGAAGGGCUGCCGCCUGUCUCCACGUGAUGCGUACAGUGAUGACAGCGGCAGCAGCACCCCGGACUCUGAGAUAUCGGAGUUAAAGCUACCUUCUAUCACAAGCGAUUGAUCUCAGAGUUGAAGGCAUUUCAAGGCAUCAGUACUGUGGACGAGGGGCGUCUCUGACAGAACAGAGUCUGGAGUUUGAACACCUGCAGCUAGCUGAAACCACGCCAGAAAACCAACGGGGCAACGUGGAAUACUGUUGCUGAAUCUAGUACCACUCUGUGCUUUUCCACUGCAGGGACUAAAUUCUGAGUACCAUGCAGUCUGACUUCCAGAAUCUAGUACCAUAACCACAAAUGGUUCCUGUUCCUGAGAAAAGUCACCUCAACCUUUUUGUAAAUGUGAAGACAACUGACUCAUCUGUUUUGUUUUAUUUACACACGUUUUUUUUCUGUUUGUGUGGAUUUACAACUUGUGUAUAUGGGGGGAAAAGCUGAAUUAUUGCAGUUCACUCAUAACUGUAAUCUUUAUGUAGCAUAUUUUCCUGGCUAUAGUCCACCAUGGAAUAUUAGCUGUAUCUGUCAAAAAAAUACACGAAGAG